GGUAGGGAAGAUUGUUCAGGAUGGUUGAAACACGAGCUUGUAUCAGGAUUUCGUUCCAAACUGGGAAGUGAAUAUCUCCAAACACAAAAAUGUCGUGCCUUCAAUUCACGAUGAUAAUUUACGGGAUCAGACAAGAAUGGAAUUAAGAGGAAUCUAAUAAAAGCAGAAUUGUACACUGAGCGGAUUUUAAUUUCUAUGAUUUUAGUUUAUAUUAAUCAACAGCAAUCGUUCAAACGUUUGCGAUGGAAAGUAAAAGCUGCAAUAAUUUUAUAAGUUAUGUUGGUCUGGAGGAACAUGAAAUGCAGCCGUUAGGUUCUAGUCGACGUAAUUCUUUGUCUGAGAACAAUAUUAAAUUGUUACCCGGUGAAAUUUUGAUCACCAAAGCACAAAAUGUUCUCAUGUUUUCACCUGUUAGUGAUUUAAACCAAGGAACAUCUGGUAUUCUAUCUGUUACAAACUUCAAACUCACUUUUGUUACAGCUGAUGACGCAGGUAGAGAAGAUGUGGCUCGUCAACAAAAUCAUCUUUAUGGAUAUAUGGACACAUGCUUAACGAACAUAGAAGAUAUUUAUAUAACCAUAGGAGAGAAGAAAAGAAAAUUGGUACCUGGAAAUACUGUACCAUCUAAAGUGAAAGGGAUAUUUAUUAUUUGUAAAAAUUUACGGACAUGGUCGUUUUCUUUUAAAUUUUCACCUAUUGGAGAUGGGAAGAAUCUUUUACAAGUGUUGUUACAUCAUGCUUUCCCUAGCAGACAUCAAUUAUUAUUUGCUUACGAUUAUGAAGAAGCAUAUUAUAGUAGCCUUGAUAAAGCUGUUCGUCUCUUUCGCGAUAGCUCAGAUUGGAAUAGUGAAUUGGAACGUAUCAUACAUAACGAAAAACUUAGAAAAUUCUGGAGGCUAUCUACCAUUAAUAUAGACUUUAAGCUUUGUCGUAGCUUGUCUCGAUAUAUAAUUAUACCAGCUUCGAUUACUGAUAGUCAGCUAAUGGAUGCAGCUAAGCGCUUUCAAGGCAAUCACCCACCAAUUUGGUCUUGGUCAAACGUACAUGGUGCAGCAUUAGUAAAAAUGUCUGAACUUUCGCCUUUAGUUACCAAUAGAAUGCCAGAAAACAUUAUGUUCGAAAACGUUCGUAAAAGUCAUCCACAGAAAAUGCCGCCAGUCGUUUUAGAGCUAAAUAAAGGCAUUAAUGUGAAAUUAAUAGCAAUAGCGUUUUCAAAAUUUGCAACUUUGUGUUCCCCAGAAAACAUUAGACAGUUUUGGUUACAGGAUAAUAAUUUUUAUUCGCUAGUGGAAAACACAAAAUGGUUGAAGUAUAUAUCAUACUGUUUACAAAAAGCUGUUGAAGCUUGUGAACAUCUCCACUUAGGAUCCUCUGUUAUUUUACAAGAAGGUGCAGGCACGGAUCUUUGUUGCAUUAUAUCAAGCUUAGUUCAAUUAUUACUUGACCCUUAUUUUCGAACAAUAAACGGAUUUCAGUCUCUUUUGCAAAAGGAAUGGGUUGCUGGUGGACACCCAUUUUGUGAUAGAUUAGGUCAUAUUGUUAAGAGGACAUCAGAGAAGUCUCCAUUAUUCCUUUUAUAUCUUGACUGUAUCUGGCAAUUAAGUCAACAAUUUCCAGCGGAAUUCGAAUUCACGGAAACGUACCUGACAACACUAUGGGAUGCUGCUCAUGUUUCCAUUUUCGAUACGUUUAUUUUUAAUUGUGAAAAAGAUCGAGUGGCGGCAGCUACGGAUCCAGAGAAACCUCUUGUUCUACGAAGCGUAUGGGAUUGGAGAGAACAAUUCAGCGAUCAAGAUAUUUUAUUAUUUUAUAAUCCCCUUUAUAAUUUCCGCAAUACAGAUUCCAAGGAAAAAUGUGUGAUAAAACCCCUAUACAGUGUCGCUAAUUUAGAGCUUUGGACUCAGUGUUAUUUUCGAUGGAUACCGACUCUGGAGAUUUGUAAUGGUGGACAAAAUCAUAUUGAGCUUUACGCAAGAUUGUUACAAAAUGAUGUGAAUCAACUAAAGAUGAACAUAAAUGGCAAUUGUGGAUCGCCUACUGGUAAAUCAAACAACUAUUCUGUUCAAAUGAACAUUGAUAGCUUUUAUCCGUUUUCAAAUAAAAAAUCAGAAAAUACUGUGAGCACACCGAUCAUGAAUAGCUCCAUUCUUGCAACAGAAAGUUUAUUAGAAGCGCAAUCCUUGAUCACUGCGACCGACUGA